AGGGAAAAGCGUCUAUUCCGCUUUUAUGUCAACACAAGCGUCGGUGCCGACUGUUUCAUCUGUUAGUUGGCCCGCACAACGCCGCAAGCAAAAACGCCUGUUGGGGCGGCAUCAGUCUUGGAAAAGGCCGUCUCUAAUGAAAAACUUCCAGGGGUCACCUUCUUCACACGGAACUGUGUCACGCUCACGCGGAAUCGUAUACGGGUGGAUUCUCUUGCCGGCACGAACUUCACCAGCAGAAGUAACAGACGCCUCAAAUACAGCGACGGCAGCUGCAGAUACUGACAGGGCAAUGGAGCCAGCGGCCAUUGUUGAGCUAAACUGGUCAUAGGCUGAAGCUGCGCGCUAUUUAAAAGCUUCAAUUGGCUACCGUAACGACUGCAGUCAUUUUUGUGCGUUAGAUAUGCUAUUCUCAGAGACAACGGAUUAUAUGUCAUCCAUUCCAGAUUUGGCAACAGC